AUGGCACAACAUCCAGGCAGACCAGAUGAGAUACGUUUGCGCACAGCAUCAAUAAUUGAUAUAAAUGACGUGAUUAGCAACAUUAGAAUAUUUUCGUUACUUUCUGAUCCAGGAAAGCAGAGUGGUAUUUCCGCGUUUACGAAGUACUAUUAUGAGCUGGUUCAAGUAUUAAAGGAUCAUAUCAACUUCAGAAUUGAAUUUCGUGUUGCUCGUGGCUGGGCAGGCAGGUUGGCUAACACAAGCUACAGGCUCGGUUUUUUGGGUAUUAUGGCUCGAAAUGAAGCUGAUGUUGGAGCUUCCGGCAUAUUUAAUCGAAUUAACCGUUUCUCAGAUUUUGAUAUAAUACAUCAAGGAUGGAAAUUUGAAACUGCAUUUAUAUACCGAGCGUAUGCACCGGAACUAAGUUUCCAAAUAAAAGGAGAACAUUUCUUGAUUCCUUUUAAAAGAGACGUUUGGCUUGCAAUUAUAUGGUUAUUUGCAAUUGUAUCCUUAGUAUAUUGGCUUCUAAGUAAUGUAAAUUUAAAAUUGCAAUUGAAGAAUAAUAAACAAUUACUAGAUACAAAGUGUUUGCAACAUGUAAAAUCUGAGUUAACACAAGAAGAACAUAAAAGAGCAUUUGCUGAAUACACAAAUGAUUACAGUUCUAAUUUAAGAGACACAAUACCCGUCCGCAAUAUUUUUUUAAUUAUCAUAGCCGCUAUUUGCCAGCAGAGCAUAAUUUCUCUUUCGCGAUCAUCUGCGAUAAGAAUAUUAUAUUUGGUGAUUUUUAUAAAUACUCUUUUGAUAUAUAAUUACUACACGUCUUCAGUUGUUUCUGGAUUAUUGUCUUCCUCUAUACAAGGACCAGAGAAUAUAGAUGAAAUAAUUGCCAGUUCACUUAAAGUAUCUUUCGAGGAUAUUGGAUACUAUAAGGUUUUAUUCAGACACCCCACAAGUUCUGUUUCUUUCAAUUAUUUCGUUUAUUUUUAUUSCAUAAAUUUGAUGUCUCGCGAAGUUAAGCUUGAAUUCACGCGCUUCGCGUUUGGAUUGGCCAGUAAAGCGGCAAAAGUCGGUGGGUGUAGAGGUGCGCAACCAGAGGUAAUACCGCCAGUUCAUAUUACAUGA